AUGUCGAAGUCGGAACCAACCAGGGCUGGCGCAGCUCCUGCACCGCAUAGUUAUCCAUACCCUCCCAGAACAACUGAAGGGGGAAAUCCAAGAGCACCUCCACUUAUUUUGCCUCCAAUGUCAUCACUCCUACAAAGAAACGAGCGCAUGGAACCAGAACUGCAUAACCCCUAUUCGUCUCGGCGCUUUUCCGACAGAAACCAUCCCCUUUGGAUCAGCGAGUCGGACCCCAAUGCUCCUUAUCCAGCGCAGCCUAUCCUCGUUCCAAAUCACCCGCAAAACCAAAGCAACCUAGGGCAUAAUCCGGAUCAGAGACCUCCGCAACCUCAAGCGCGGCAAAUCAGACGAAUUGUUCAACGACGUGGAUAUGAUGUACCAAAAGGCGAUACGACUCCUGAAAUAAUUUCGCCCGUCUCGAAUCCUCACCCGUGGAUAUCUCAACCGCCUAGUCAAUCAGCAAGUCCAUUCCAGCAACAGAUGGCGCUUUCACCAGCAGGUCCCGCUCCCGCUCCCACUCAAAGCCCUACUUCUAGGUCAAUGCCAAUAUCAGGGCUACUGAGCGGCAGUCCAAGUCCCGAGAUGCGAAGACCCCCUCCCAAUUAUUCAAUUCGCAUGCGGCAAGAGCCCAUCGCAGCCCGCGCUUGCGGUUUCGGCGAAAGAGAUCGCAGGGUGAUUGACCCCCCUCCAAUUCUGCAAAUGAUGAUAGAAGAUCCCAACUCGACUCCAGGUGAAAUAAGCGCACUGCUUCGACAACCAAGCGCUGUUAUGCACUGCACUUUAUGGGAUCCCGUGGCCAAUAAAGACGACAGUGCUAUGCCAGGGACAACCGACAAGCGGCAGCAACGGCGGUUGAUGGGAACACUUGUCUCGUCACCGUUCGUAGGCCAAGACGAACAUAAUGUCGAAGGAUGCUUCUUCACUUUUCCCGAUCUCUCGGUUAGAACUCCCGGAACCUAUAGCUUACGCUUCAGCCUCAUGAUACUAGAUGUCACGAGAAUGAUCCCCGGGGAGAAAGUCCCUGUCAGGUGUCUCGCUUUCAGCCAGGCCUUCCACGUCUACAACGCCAAGGAUUUUGGUGGCAUGCGAGCGAGCACUGAACUUACUAAGCGGCUCAAGCAUCAAGGGUGCUUAAUCAGCGUCAAGAAAGGCAAUGCGAAGUCGAGCGGUGGAGCACACGAGAGCGAUGGAGACGACGACGACGAUGACAACGAAGAUCUUGGAGAGAAGAAACCAGCCAAGAGACCAAAGCGGUGA